AAAAAACUGAUUCUUAGUCGAAAGUGGAACUCCUUAUCCAAAUAGGAACAAGUGAAUACAUACAUAAUCUAUAUAAAGCCAGGCCAAGACCACGAAUUGCGUACUCUUGCAUUCUUAUUGACAUAAAGAAUGGAAGAGAAAACAACGAUGACAGCAGUAGAUAUAGAGAGAGGUGGUGGUGCUGGUGGGAGAUUUCCAUGGAAGAAACAAGUUUAUGUGUUCUUCUGUUGGAUUUUUGCAGCCUUUGGUGGGCUAAUGUUCGGUUACGACAUUGGGAUUUCAGGUGGAGUGACAGCCAUGGAUGACUUUCUCAUCAAAUUCUUUCCAUCUGUUUAUCACAGAAAACUUCAUGCCAGGGAAGACAAUUAUUGCAAAUACAACGAUCAGCUUCUUCAGCUUUUUACAUCUUCACUUUAUAUAGCUGCUAUCUUUUCCAGCUUUGCUGCAUCGGUUGUCUGCAAAAAGUUUGGUCGGAAGCGUACAAUUCUUGCUGCUUCACUGGUUUUCCUAUUGGGAGCUGGCCUAAGCUCUGGUGCUCAGAACCUCCCUAUGUUAAUCAUUGGCAGGAUUCUCCUUGGUGUCGGUGUAGGAUUUGGCAAUGAGGCUGUUCCUCUGUUCUUAUCAGAGAUUGCACCUGUUCACCAGCGUGGGGCUGUCAACAUUCUGUUCCAGCUUUUGGUUACUGUUGGAAUUCUAUUCGCAAAUCUCGUCAACUAUGGAACUGCAAAGUUGCAUCCGUAUGGUUAUAGAGUCUCCUUGGGGCUUGCAGGCUUGCCGGCCGUGUUCCUCUUUUUUGGCUCUUUAAUCAUAACUGACACACCAACAAGCCUAAUUGAGCGCGGAAAAGAAGACGAAGGAAUUCAAGCUCUCGAGAAUAUUAGAGACCUCAGUGAUGUUGACAUUGAAUUCAAACAAAUUCAAUCUGCCUGUGAGGUAUCCCGACAAGUCAAGACUCCAUUCUGGAAUGUCUUCAAACGCCCAAGCCGUCCACCUCUAGUCAUAGGCAUCUUGAUGCAAGUGUUUCAGCAGUUUACAGGAAUCAAUGCUAUAAUGUUCUACGCCCCUGUUUUAUUCCAAACUGUUGGAUUCAAGGACGAUGCCUCCCUUUUGUCUUCUGUGAUCACUGGAAUUGUGAAUGUGCUAAGCACUUUGGUGUCUAUUUAUGCUGUGGACAAGUUUGGAAGGAGGAAAUUGCUACUUCAAGCAUGCGUGCAAAUGUUUAUGAGUCAGGUGGCAAUUGGGCUUAUUUUGCUACUAAAACUGACAGCAGCAGGCUCACUUUCAAAAUUACUGGCAGGAAUUGUUGUGGGGCUUGUGUGCUUGUACGUUAUGUCUUUCGCAUGGUCAUGGGGUCCUCUCGGAUGGUUGAUACCAAGUGAAACAUUCCCUCUAGAGACCAGAACUUAUGGAUUUGCAUUUGCAGUUAGCUCGAACAUGCUCUGCACUUUCAUUAUUGCUCAGGCCUUCUUAUCAAUGAUGUGUAGUAUGCAGGCCUACAUAUUUUUCUUCUUCGCAGGCUGCAUACUUGUCAUGGGGCUCUUCGUGUGGAAAUUGUUGCCCGAGACCAAGAAUGUUCCAAUUGAUCUCAUGGUGGAAGAAGUCUGGAAGAAACAUCCAUUCUGGAGUAGAUUCAUGGAUUAAAGUUAGCUUAGCAGUACGAUUUGAUCUUUUAUUAGAAGAAACAGUAGUGGUAGUUUAGACA